CAACUACCGUAAAGGCCCUGUUCGAUUCCCCCGUCUAAAACAUGAAUCAUGCGACCCCCAUGCGUCAUUGUGAUGCUACAAUCACUUACUCGCACAUGGCGUUUGCUUAUCUACGCUUUCUUGCUUUAUCAGCAUACGAAACAGCUGUUUCCCUGCCGACAUGGUUGCCUUUUCCGUCGCUUGAAGUAAGCAUGCAUCUCGAAAGGCGCAGUUACCCAUAUCCCGCAACGUCAUUAUCUAAAAGUGGGGCAUGAGGAGCAACAGAUGUGAUGAUCAAUCAAGAAUCAACGACAUACAAAAGGCGUUUGGACUCUUACUGACCUCGAGCAAACAGUCCUCGCUUUCGAUGAGAAUCAUCACUCUACACCAACAACCUAUUGUACUACUCUAGUCACUAUCCACCACCCACCAUGUCCAAACUCACAGACUUCAAACUUCUCUCCUUCGACGUCUACGGCACACUCAUAGACUGGGAGCGAGGCGCCCUGAAUGCUCUCCAGCCGCUGCUAGAGAAAAGCAACAAGACUGAUCUGGACCAAAAGCACAUCCUCGAAGUCCUCCACGAAAUCGAGCCCCUAAUUGAGAAAGAGCAUCCGGACUGGAAGUACUCGCAGGUCCUCACCGCCGUGCAUCCGAAGCUGUGUGGGAGGCUAGGUUUGCAGGCGCCGAGCGAAGAGGAAAGCAAGAAGUUCGGCGCAAGUGUGGGAGGUUGGCCCGCGUUCCCGGAUACCGUCGAUGCGCUGAAGAGGUUGAGCAAAACGUACAAGCUUGUAGUUCUGUCGAACGUAGACAACGAUUCUUUCGCCGCCGGAAACAAGAACGGACUUGAGGGCUUCAAGUUCGACGCCGUAUACACCGCGCAGGACAUCGGGAGUUACAAACCAGAUUUCAAGAAUUUUACGUACAUGUUAAAUCAUGUGAAGGACGAGUUUGGGAUUGAGAAGGAGCAGGUGCUGCAGACGGCGCAGAGUCAGUUCCACGAUCACCAUCCAGCGAAAGAGAUGGGGAUUAAGAGUGCUUGGAUUUACAGGCCGAACGCGGUUAUGGGGAAUCGGAAGGAUCCGGUGUGGACGUGGAAGUUUGAUACGUUGGGAGAUAUGGCGGAUGCGGUGGACAGGGAGUUGGCGGAGAAGUAGAGUAUCAGGAUCAUGAUCAUGAAAAUGCAAUAGAU